UGAAGCCGAGCUGUACCAGUACUACCUAGCCCAGAACAUAGGCCUCACAGGCAUGAAGCUGGAGAACCCAGCUGAAUCGCAGAUGAUGAUCAGCCCCUUCCAGCUGGACCCCAACGCAGCUUCUGCGUUGACUCCUGGCCUUGUAAAUAAUGAGGUGGCUCCAGAGAUUCGUCUUACCAGUGGUCAGCUAAUGGGUGAUGACCUGUCCGUCCUCUCUGCUGGGGAGCUGUCACCUUAUAUCAGUGACCCACUGCUGAAGUUGUUCCAGUGCGCGGUGUGCAACAAAUUCACCUCGGACAGCCUGGAGGCCCUAAGCGGACAUGUGAAUGCGGAGCGCUCGCUCCCAGAGGAGGAGUGGCGGGCCGUAAUCGGAGACAUUUACCAGUGCAAGCUCUGCAGCUACAACACCCAGCUCAAAGCCAACUUCCAGCUCCACUGCAAGACCGAUAAGCACAUGCAGAAGUACCAGCUGGUGGCUCACAUCAAGGAAGGUGGCAAGGCCAACCAGUGGAGGUUAAAGUGCAUCGCGAUCGGCAACCCUGUGCACCUGAAGUGCAAUGCCUGCGACUACUACAGCAACAGCGUGGAGAAGCUGCGGCUGCAUGCUGCCAACCAGCGCCACGAAGCAGCGCUGAAACUCUACAAGCACCUGCAGAAGCAGGAGAGCGCAUCAACUGGCGAGAGCUGCUUCUACCACUGCGCCCUAUGUGACUACUCCACCAAGGCCAAACUCAGCCUGGUGCAGCACCUGCGCUCCGCCAGGCACCAACAGGCCGAAGGGCUGCGACGUCUGCAGCUUCACCAGCAGGGCCUGCCACCUGAGGAGGACAACCUCGCAGAGCUCUUCUUCGUCAGAGACUGCCCGCCCAACGAGCCCGAGGAGCUAUUCGAAGACGCAGAAGGAGCGCCCAGGCUCGGCGCUGUGCCUGUGCCCGACGGAAGAGACCCGAGUGAGAAAGAUGGCAAAGAAGGCAAGAGCGCUGAAAGAGAAUCCAGAGUUAAUGCACUGGAUAAGGAGGCAGCAGGAACAGUGGCAAUAGGAAAGAGGUCCCUGCUGCAAGAAAGGGAAAAUGAAACUGUGCAAAAGAGGCCCAAAUCAGCCGAGGAGAAGACCAGCAGCAGCGAACAGGUUCAGCAGUGCCCUUACUGUAAUUACAGUAGCAAGGACACAAACCGCAUCCAGAUGCACAUUGUGUCCCAGCAUUCCAUGCAGCCUGUCAUCUGCUGCCCCCUUUGCCAGGACGUCCUCAGCAACAAGAUCCACCUCCAGCUCCACCUGACCCAUCUCCACAGCGUGGCCCCAGACUGUGUGGAGAAGCUGCUUGCGACUGUAUCAGGACAGGACCCCAUGAUGUCUAAUAACAUGUUACUGCCUACGACUGCACAAGAUAAAGCACCAUGCCUGAUGGAUUCAUCAACUGCUUUAUCGGAGGGAUCCAGAAAAUCCCAGGGUGACCGUUCCAGUGAUGAAAAGAGUAGUGCUACACCGGAUAAAGGUGAGCAGGAUCUUUCAAACGAGGAGCUCAGGCCACCAAAGGAAGCUUCAGAGGCACCCGACUGGAAGAAGAGUGGUAGCAGGGACCCAAAGAACCUGGACUCCCUGCAAGAGCACCUGAGUGAACUGCAGAAGCGCCAGCCACUUUCCGUCUCUGACCGCCAUGUCUACAAGUACCGGUGCAACCACUGCAGCCUGGCUUUCAAGACUAUGCAGAAGCUUCAGAUUCAUUCCCAGUACCACGCUAUUCGGGCUGCCACCAUGUGUAGUCUGUGCCAGCGUAGUUUCCGGACGUUCCUGGCUCUCAAAAAGCACCUGGAGAACGGGCACCCAGAGCUGAGCGAGGCAGAAGUACAGCAGCUCUGUGGAAGCCUGCCCCUCAAUGGAGAGUUCUGCUCAGAAAGUGAUGCCCGGAUGUUUGAGGAGGCACCGGCUUUCGAGCAGGACAUGGAUAAAGAUGAUGAGCUGGACCAGGAAGGGAAGGCCAGUCCCACGGGAAGUGACAGCAGCUCACUCUUGGACGAGACAGGCUCCGAACCAAAGCGGACAUUGCCAUUCAGGAAAGGCCCUAACUUUACCAUGGAAAAGUUUUUAGACCCUUCUCGCCCAUACAAAUGCACAGUGUGUAAGGAAUCAUUCACCCAGAAGAACAUUCUGCUAGUUCAUUACAAUUCUGUCUCACAUUUACACAAACUUAAGAAAGUUCUGCAGGAAGCCUCAAGCCCAGUACCCCAAGAGACCAACAACAAUAUUGAUAACAAACCAUACAAAUGCAAUAUCUGUAAUGUCGCUUACAGCCAAAGCUCAACCCUAGAAAUCCACAUGAGAUCAGUGCUCCAUCAGACAAAAGCCAGAACUGCCAAAAUGGAAACUAGCAGCAGUGCUGUGAGUGGAAACAGUGGAAUGGCACCCGCUAGCAGCCCAGUCUCUGUUAGUCAAGGAAACGUAGAGUCAGCGUCAGCUAACAAAGAAAACAAUGUAGAUGCCAAAGAAAUAAACAAAAAGCAAGCUACUGAUCACGUUUCUGUUCAGGCCACCCAUCCACCAUCACAGUCACCAGCACAGCUUCAGAUGCAGCUACAGCAUGAGCUUCAACAGCAAGCUGCUUUCUUUCAGCCGCAGUUCCUAAACCCAGCAUUCUUUCCUCACUUUCCAAUGACACCCGAGACUCUGUUGCAGUUCCAGCAGCCCCAAUUCCUCUUCCCCUUUUACAUCCCUGGCACAGAGUUCAACCUCAGCCCUGAGCUGGCACUACACUCGGCAGCCUUUGGAAUGCCAGGCAUGACAGGGUCCUUCCUGGAGGAUCUGAAGCAGCAGAUGCAACAACAGCACCAGUUGGGCCAGCAGCACCUUCAGCUGUCCCAGCAGCAGGCCCAGCAGCAGGCCCAGCAGCAGGCUCAGCAACACCAAGCCUCGCAGUCCCAAACACAGCAACAGAAAGUGCUGCAGCAGGCCAGCAAAUCCAGAAUGGAGCAGAACAGCACAUCGGUUGCAGAGAUUCCAGUGUCCAGGGAGUCUGAGGAGACCCUCGAGAAACCAGAGAGCAAAGCCAAACAGGAGAAUUUGAGAGACUUGGAAACUUUUAAGGACAACAAAGAGUCUAAAAAACAAAAGCUUCCAGAGCCUCUCAUUCCUCCUCCUCGCAUUGUCUCAGGUGCAAGGGGCAAUGCAGCCAAAGCUUUGCUGGAAAACUUUGGUUUUGAGCUUGUCAUUCAGUACAAUGAGAACAGACAGAAAAGUCAAAAGAAAAACCGAAGUGGAGAGGAGGAAGCCCAUGAUAAACUUGAGUGUGGAAUGUGUGGCAAGCUGUUCUCCAACAUGCUCAUUCUCAAAAGUCAUCAGGAGCAUGUCCAUGGACAGUUCUUUCCUUAUGGAGAGUUGGAGAAGUUUGCACAGCAGUACAGGGAGGCAUAUGAUAAACUCUAUCCAAUAAACUCAACAUCUCCUGAGAGUCCUCCACCACCCCCACCUCCUCCUCCGCCUCCGCCACCACCAGCUCAGCCUACUUCCACCACUCUUGGAAAGCCCCAGACUCCUAGCCCAGCCCCCCUGCAGACUGUACAGCCUCCACCACCGCCACCACCCCCUCCGCCACCUCCACCUCCUUCGACUGCUCCUCCACAGGUCCAGCUUCCAGUGCCCUUGGACCUGCCUCUUUUCCCACCACUCAUGAUGCAGUCAGUGCAGCACCCAGGCCUCCCCCCACAACUUGCCCUACAGCUGCCCACAAUGGACUCUCUGUCAUCAGAUCUCACACAACUAUGCCAGCAGCAGCUGGGAUUGGAUCCAAAUUUCCUUCGGCAGUCGCAAUUCAAGCGCCCUCGGACCCGCAUCACUGACGACCAGCUAAAAAUCCUUCGUGCAAAUUUUGAUAUCAACAAUUCCCCCACCGAAGAGCAAAUCCAGGAAAUGGCAGACAAGUCAGGGCUCCCACAAAAAGUUAUCAAGCACUGGUUCAGAAAUACCCUUUUCAAAGAGAGGCAGCGUAGCAAAGAUUCCCCUUACAACUUCAACAUUCCUCCCAUGACUACUUUGGAUGAGAUCAGAAUGGAUUCCCAGUUUAGCACAUUGGAGUAUUACAGAACUGAUGCCACCACGAAUAAAAGAUCAUCUCGCACCCGCUUCACAGACUACCAGCUAAGAGUCCUUCAAGACUUUUUUGAUACCAAUGCUUACCCAAAGGAUGAUGAGAUAGAGCAGCUCUCUACUGUGCUGAACCUGCCAACUCGGGUAAUUGUUGUGUGGUUUCAGAAUGCACGCCAGAAGGCUCGUAAAAGUUAUGAGAAUCAAGCAGAUGCAAAAGACAGUGACAAGAAGGAGCUGACUAAUGAGCGCUACAUUAGAACCAGCAACAUGCAGUACCAGUGUAAGAAAUGCAGUGUUGUUUUCCCUCGCAUUUUUGACCUUAUUACUCACCAGAAAAAACAGUGUUACAAAGAUGAAGAUGAUGAAGGGACAGAGGAAAACCAAACUGAGGAAUACAUGGAUGCCAGUGACCAAAACGUGCUAAAAUCCUCUGGACAAACUGACUCAUCCAAAAACCCUUUGAUAGCAGCUAGUAGCUCUGGGUCCAGUUCUCCUUUAAUGCCUUCACCUCGACCUGACUUUGGAAAAACCUCACCCAAACCUGAAUUCAACACUGAAAAACCAAAGCAAACCGAGUCCAUUUCCUCCCAAGGGGUAAAAUCAAUGUCCGAGCUGCGACCAUCCAAGGCAUCAACCCCACAACCACCACAGCACAAACAUCCCCAACAGCAUAUGGCUAGACCACACUCUCAACCUCAGUCAGCUGCCAUCCCAUCUAGUCCUCUGUCUAUUGCCCUCUCCUCUCUGACAAACAGUCUACCUCCUCAGAUGUUACAGUACCAAUGUGACCAAUGCAAAAUUGCAUUCCCAACUGUAGAGCUGUGGCAAGAGCAUCAGCACAUGCAUUUCUUGGCAGCCCAAAACCAGUUCCUCCACUCACAGUUUCUGGAGCGCCCCUUAGACAUGCCCUACAUGAUCUUUGAUCCUAACAAUCCCCUUGUGACAGGGCAGCUGCUCUCUGGAGCACUCUCCCAAAUGCCAACACAGAGCAGCUCAGCUCUAUCCACAAACCCUGGUUCCAGUUCCAGUUCUCUGAAACGCAAGUUUGAUGAAAAAGAGGAAAACAGUUCUAAUGAUAAAGAUGGUGUGAACAGUGGUGAAGAUCAGCAUAGGGACAAACGCCUUAGGACAACUAUCACACCAGAGCAACUUGAGAUCCUCUAUGACAAAUACCUACUUGAUUCUAACCCAACUCGAAAAAUGUUAGACCACAUUGCUCAUGAAGUAGGACUUAAGAAGAGAGUGGUGCAGGUUUGGUUCCAGAACACUCGUGCCAGAGAAAGAAAAGGACAGUUUCGGGCAUUGGGACCUGCCCAGUCUCAUAAAAAAUGCCCUUUUUGCAGGGCACUCUUCAAGGCGAAGUCAGCUCUUGACAGCCACAUUCGUUCCCGGCACUGGCAUGAAGCAAAACAGGCAGGCUUUAGUUUGCCUCCAAGUCCUGUGAUGACGCAAGAAGAAGAGCGUGAGAGUCCAGGCAAGUACAAUUUAUUUGAAUAUCCACAGCUACUUACCAAGUCAGAAACAAGUGAGUAUGAGAUGCCAACUGCAUCUUCCACACCUGUCAAACCAUCAGAAACACCCUUAAAAAAUUUCAUGAGCCCUUCAUCCAUAAAAGCAGAAAACAAUGAUGAAGCUGAAGGGCUUAAUAUGAGUUGUGCAGAGGCUUCUUUUGAUGUAACUAAGACAGAUUUUGAUGAGACAUCAUCAAUUAACACCGCUAUAAGUGAUGCAACAACUGGAGAUGAAGUCAAUAAUGAAAUUGAGAGUGUAACUGGCCAUAUUGGGGAGAAGUUGAGUGAAUCCAAAAUCAAUGCUAUGCCAAACUUAGAAACCUGUGAAGACAGAUUUCCAUUUAACAUUGUGAGUCCAUCAUUGAGUUACAGUGGUAAAGACAAUGAGCAGUACUUCAGCAUGCGAGAUGAUGACCAUGAUGACAAUGCAGAUCGAAGCGAGACCUCAAGCUUAGCAGAUCCAAGCUCACCCAGCCCCUUUGGGGGCAGCAACCCCUUCAAGUCUGCAAAAGGUAAUGGGGAGAGACCGGGUCAUAAACGCUUCAGGACCCAGAUGAGCAACCUGCAGCUGAAGGUCUUAAAAGCAUGUUUCAGUGACUAUCGAACACCAACAAUGCAGGAGUGUGAGAUGCUGGGCAAUGAGAUUGGACUCCCAAAGCGGGUGGUACAGGUCUGGUUCCAGAAUGCCAGAGCUAAAGAAAAGAAGUUUAAAAUAAAUAGUGGAAAACCAUUCAUGAUGAAUCAAGGUUCCCCAGAGGGCCCAAGACCUGAGUGCACCCUGUGUGGGGUGAAGUAUACUGCCAGACUGUCUAUACGAGAUCACAUCUUCUCCAAGCAGCACAUAGCUAAGGUGCAAGAAACUCUGGGGAGCCAGGUGGACAGAGAAAAGGAUUACCUUGCUCCUACCACUGUCCGCCAACUAAUGGCACAGCAAGAGCUUGACCGUUUGAAGAAGGCAACAGAUUCCCUUAGCUUGCCAGCCCAGCAGCAGCCUGUGGUUGAUAACAAUGCACUUCAUGGCCUUAGCCUGCCAACUAGUUACCCAGGGAUCCCUGGCCUUCCACCUGUGCUACUCCCUGGUGUAAAUGGUCCCUCAUCCCUUCCUGUUUUUCCACCUAACACACCUGCUUUAGCGUCUCCUGGUGCUGGCAUGCUUGGGUUCCCUACUCCAGCCACCCCCUCUCCUGCCAUGUCUCUCAGCAGUGCCCCAACCAAGAGUCUGCUGCCGACCCCACCUCCUCCUCCUCCUCCCGUUCCUCCUGUUCCCCUGGCAAGCCAACAGGCUGAGCUGCACAACAAAGAACCUGAGAAAGAUAAAAUGCCGGAAAAGCCUGAGAACGUCAAGGACAGAGAAGCUGACAAUGUCCGUCCUGAGACUGUUGUCAGGAAGAAAUUGGAGCGGGCUUCACCACUGCUUUCAGCCGCGCGAAAAGGUGGAAGUGAGGCUUCGAUGGAACCAGCACAACUGCAGGCGCUCCAGAAUGCCGUUUCUGGUGAUCCGGGCUCUUUCUUAGGAGGACAGUUCCUGCCUUACUUCAUCCCUGGGUUCACAUCCUGCUUUCCACCCCAGCUUCCUGGCGGAGUGCAAGGAGGGUACUUCCCGCCUCUUUGUGGGAUGGAGAGCCUUUUUCCGUAUGGCCCAGCCAUGCCGCAAGCCAUCACUGGCCUCUCUCCCUCUGCCAUCCUGCAGCAGUGCCAACAGUAUCAACAGUCCCUCCAGGACUCCCUGCAGAAGCAGCAGCAGCAGCAGCAAAAACAGCAAGAGCAUCAGCAUCCAAAAGCAAACCCCUCAAAGUCCCUGAGUGCACAGAGUGAUGCCCUCAAACCAAAAGAAGCUCCAGAAAUGAAGGAAGAAAAAGGCUCUUCAAAAGAAAGCACAAAAGAAGAACCACAAACAGAUACCAAAAGUACAAACUUUCCAGAUGCUUUUAUUGUCCCAUCCAUCAAGCAAGAGUUUAUAUGCAGAAAGUGCCAGAUGAUUUUUGCUGAUGAAGACUCAGCAGUGCGUCAUCAGAAGUCCUUCUGUUACUUCGGUCAACCUUUUACUGACCUGCAAGAGACAGUGCUUCGUAAGGCAGUAAGCAAAUAUAAUUGUCUAGCUUGCGAUGUGGCUAUUAGUGGGAACGAAGCCCUUGGCCAACACCUUCAGUCAAGCUUGCACAAAGAGAAAACAAUCAAACAAGCAAUGAGAAAUGCCAAAGAGCAUGCUAGAUUAUUACCUCACUCAGUCUGCUCCCCUAAUCCUAACACCACAUCUACCUCGCAGUCUGCAGCUUCUUCUAAUAACACCUAUCCCCAUCUUUCUCGCUUGUCCAUGAAGUCCUGGCCCAAUGUUCUUUUCCAGGCCUCAGCCAGGAAAGCUGCUUCUUCCGCCUCUGCUUCUCCUUCCCCCCUUCCCUUGCCUUCAACGGUUACCUCAACUUCCUGCAGCACCUCAGGGGUUCCAGCCUCACUACCCGAAAGUUGUUCAGAUGAAUCUGACAGUGAGUUGAGCCAGAAACUGGACGACUUAGAUAACUCGUUGGAAGUCAAACCCAAGCCAGCCUCUGGCCUAGAUGGUAAUUUCAGUAGUAUCAGAAUGGAUAUGUUCAGUGUGUAGGAGUGAAAACAGGAUCCCUUUGCUAAAGAAAAAACUAAGACUUUAACUGCAGUUCCAAAGUUUCUCUAACCCAAAAAAUUACAGUACCAAAUGAUUGACUCAGGAUUGUUUUUCCCAUAUUGAUAUGCUGGCAAGAUAUUGAUUGAUUUUUGUUAUGGACAGAACUG